AUGGCCACCGACUCGUCCAAGCUGCAGUCCUUCUCCUCGAAGCCGCGAGUCUUCAUCCUGUCGGACAUCUCCAACGAGCCCGACGAUGCAGAGUCGCUUGUUAGAUACCUUCUGUACUCCAACCAGUUUGAGACUGAAGGUCUUGUGGCUUGCUCCUCAACAUGGAUGAGGGACAAGGUCUGUCCACAGGAUAUGCACAAGAUCGUUGACGCAUACGCUGGUGCCGUCGACAAUCUGAACAAGCACGCCCACCCAGACUUCCAGUAUCCUUCAGCAGCGUAUUUGAAGGGUCUCAUCAAGCCUGGCGCACCUGUUUAUGGAUCCAAGGCCGUCGGUCACGACAUCCCCCUGAGUGAGGGUGGCGAGCUGCUCCUGGAGAGAAUUACAGCUCCGUCCGAGGACCCUCUUUGGAUCUUAUGCUGGGGCGGCACCAACGUCCUCGCCCAGGUUCUCUUCAGACUCAAGGAAACUCACUCCGAGGGGGAUUUUACUGCCUUGAGGGCGAAGCUCAGAGUCUAUGCCAUUUCCGACCAGGACGAUACGGGUGCUUGGAUCCGCAACACUUUUCCUGACAUCUUUUACAUCGCCUCCGUGCACGCAUGGAACCAAUAUGGCAUGGCUACGUGGACCGGCAUUGCAGGCGACAGGUACUACGGCUUUGACCAGGGAGGUCCCGACUUCUCCAAGCUCUCCAAGGCGUGGCUCAAGGAGCAUGUCCAGAUCGGUCCUCUGGGCUCAGCGUACCCCAACUACCUCUUCAUCCCCGAGGGCGACACUCCUACUUUCCUGUAUCUUAUCCAGAACGGUCUUGGAGUCCGCGAGCAUCCCGAGUACGGUUCCUGGGGCGGUCGAUACGGACUCACUGAUAUUAGCCCCGACGGCCUAGGCAGUAAGCAUUACAGCGAUGUCUGUGACGUCGUGGUCGGCCAAGACGGCAAGACCUACAAAACCAACCACGGCACAAUUUGGCGCUUCCGAGAUGCCUUCCAAAACGACUUUGCUGCCAGAAUCCAGUGGACCUUGGACUCAUCCCUGACAUCUGCCAACCACCACCCCAUCAUCUCCCUGAACGGAUCCUCUGGUCCUGAGCCAGUCUACAUCUCCGCCGAGGCCGGUUCUACCCUGAAGCUCGAUGCCACCGAGACGUAUGAUCCCGAUGGCGAUGCUCUUACUUUCAAGUGGUGGCAGUACCGCGAGCCCAGUGCCUCGCAGUGGUUUGCAUUCCUCGAGGUGGAGGAGAUGAAGUUUGAGAAGAAGGAUGCCGAGGGCCGGGUCAUUGAAUUGACGCUCCCUGCCCCCGACAAGUGCUGCGUGGACCUGAUGACCCGAAAGCCGACCGCAAAGGGCCAAGUGCUGCACAUGAUUCUCGAGGUCACGGAUGCCGGGUCGCCAAACUUGACGAGCUACAAGCGAGUGGUGAUUCAGACGACGAAUAAGGAACUUAAGGGUGGAGGUGGUGGUAGUGACAAUAUUGGUGAUGCUAUGGAGGAACUGAUGAUUUCCUUCGGCAUGUAG